AUGCCGCUGCUGGAAGAUGAAUCCACUACGGUUGAGAAUGACAAGUCGACAUCAGAAAUCGUAAAACUAUCAGACCGCGACAAAGCUAGACAGGAGAGAAUAAAGAAACGAGAGAAACGAAAAGAGGAGGUUUUGUUAAUUGUGUAUGGCAUCAAGAGCACAGAAGUGGAGCAAACGAAAGCGGAUGAAAAAUAUGGAAACUUUCCUUGUGCGCAACCAAGCCCUCUGAGGAAAUGUUGGACUCUUGUUGCGGAGGACAGUAAGGUACCCGAGGGUGGGGGCGAGGGUAGUGAUUGA